UAAUACAAUAAAAUGAAAGGAAGAGGAAAUUUCUGUUCAUAUUAAAUUUUAAAAUUCUCAAUAAUAUAUUAACUCCUUCCUUCUUCCGCGAAAGUCUCCACCGGCGACACAGAGAUGAUCACUAUGGCGAACAGUAUCGGCGUGAUACCAACGCCGGCGCCCACGGCCGCUCGUCCUGCCUGUUCUAUGACGGUAUUCUCUAGUACUGAUUUCAAAUCGUCCUAUUCCCCGUCCGUGAGUUCUCUAUCGUCAGUUGUUGUUAAUCCUUUCAACUGCUCGAUUACAAGAGGGAGAAGAUUCUUCAGCGAAGUUACUGUCAAAUCAGAUUCCGGUACUUUGUCUUCAGCUGCUGCUGUUUCGGCGGCGACGACGUCAUUGUCGGAGGAUGAGACGGAUGAAGCGGCUGCCGCUAGAAUUGGAGCCAGAGUUAGGGUUAAGGUGCCUUUGAAGGUGUAUCAUGUUGCUAAGUUACCGGAGGCGGAUCUUGAGGGGAUGGAAGGAGUGCUGAAGGAUUAUGUACGUGUUUGGAAGGGGAAGCGUGUAUCUGCUAAUCUUCCGUAUAAGGUGGAGUUUGUUGUUCCAGUCGAAGGCCGUCCACCGGUCAAAUUCGUAGCUCAUCUUAAGGAGGAAGAAUUUGAAUACGUUUAAUCAGGCUUGUUAUUCCUAAUCUUCUUUAUUCUAAUGAAUCACUAGGCCAAGGCAAUUAUUGUUUUUUGGAUCUCAAUAUUAAUACAAAGCUCCCUUGUGCAGUAUUAUUACCAACCUUUUAAGGUUUGAUCUUCUUCUA